AUGCCAGAUCUUGGGGCUGCGUCAAAUGUUGUAGUUCGCUUGUCAAAACAAAUACCAAAUUUCGUAAAUCACAUCCUAUACUUCGAUAAUUUCUACACGUCCCUUGGCCUGCUUACGUAUCUCCGAAGUAGAGGAAUUUACAGUUUGGGAACUGUGCGAGUAAACAGAGUACCCAACUGUAAAUUGUCUAGCGAUGCAAUUUUGCAACAGAAAAAGGUUGAUCGUGGUUACUCAGAAGAGUUUGUAGGUACUGCAUAUGGUAUUGAUAUAUCCUCUGUGCUAUGGAAUGAUACGAAAACUGUGCGCCUAUUGUCUACCUACGUUGGAGUAAAACCAUUUGCGUCUAAAAACAUAAACAAACAGAUUUCAAAAGUAACACGUUGGGAUAGAAAAAAGAAAACCCACUAUGACAUUGACUGUCCACAAAUCAUCAAAGAAUAUAAUCGGCAUAUGGGGGGUGUCGAUUUGAUGGAUGGCUUAUUAGGCCGUUAUCAUAUUCGUAUGAAAACCCGGAAAUGGACCAACCGAAUUUUUUAUCAUAUGGUCGACGUGGCAAUGGUGAAUGCUUAUAUACUUUAUCAUCGGUUGCAUCCCCAUGCAGAUAAAAUUGAGUUGCCAACGUUCAGAACACAAGUCGCAGAAUCACUCUGCGUGUGCGGCACUAUUCCAGUAAAACGAAGCGUUGGCCGACCAUCCAAUACGACACCGCCACCAAAGAUACCAACAGCGAAACGAGCCUAUCUGCCAACCGAUGAUAUUCGUUAUGACCAAAUUGGCCACUGGUGCGUUUUUAGGGAUCGGUCUGGCAAGAAGCAGUGCAAAUACCCUAAAUGUAAAUCGGAAACUCAAGCAUACUGCACUAAAUGCAAUCUAUCUUUGUGCAGUUCAACAACAAAGACAUGCUUUUAUGAUUUUCAUAACAAAUAG